AUGGACUGGUCUGAGGCCAUCAUUCCCCUUGGAAAUCAAAAAAUUAAGCUUGAACUUGAGCCCAAAAAUAAGUACACUGUUUUUCCCUCAGAUAACCCCAAAGCCCAGAUUCUGUUUCAAGAGUGUGAGUUUGGAAACUAUCUUAUUCUUGCACUUGGUGAAAAGAAAACGGAUGAGGCAAUUGAUGAACUUGAUGAGCUAUGGCAGAUGGAGUUUGAUGGAAGCUGUGCUAACUCCAGUUCAGGAGCAGGGGUGGUUUUGUUGUCAUCAACUGGUAAUAUUUUCCCCUUUUCUUUCAAGUUGGAUUUUAAGAACACUAAUUAUACUACUGAAUAUGAGGCACUAUUAUUAGGAUUAAGUGAGGCCAAAUGUAAAGGAAUCAAGUUGCUUAAAGUUAAAGAGUUUGACAAGACCACAAAACACAUUGUUGGCUUGCUAAGUGAGCAACAUCCUUUCAAGUGGACCGAAGAGGCCAAAAAUUCUUUUGAAAGAAUUAAGGGAUUAGUUGUAAAUGCGCCCACUCUUGUUAAUCCAGAUUUCACAAAGGACUUCAUUUUGUAUUGUUAUGCAUCCGAGCAUACAAUGUCUGGGAUUCUGUUACAUUUGGAUGAAAAUGGGGUUGAAUUGCCCAUAGUGUUCAUGAUUACUUCGCUCAAGAAUCAUGAACUUAAGUAUUCACCCAUGGAGAAGCAUGCCUAUGCUGUUGUAAAGGCCAUGAAAUAG